AAAAUUUCUGCUUGGACUAUAUCUCAUAACAUAUUACGAUGACCACAUCCAUCUCAUCACUUGCCUCAGGUGACAAGAAACGGAAGCAUCGUGCAUCCGAUGCAGACCAUGGUGCACCAAGGAAGAAGAAGAAAGAGAAAUUGAGACAGGACACGGGGACGCUCCGCGCCGAACCUUCGACAAGUGAAUUCCGAGUGACAAAAGCAACCAUAACACUCUCUGUACCUCCUGUAUUCGCCAGUAAUCUACGGACGGGGGUGGAGGAAAUGUUAGAUAGCAUGAUUAUGCGAUAUAUCCCGUCCUUGUGUGGCGUUCUCUUAGCUCAUUCAAAUAUACAUUUCCUGAGUCCAACAGCGAGCAUAAAUGCCGACUGUCCUUUCGCGAUCUGUAACGUCGCUUUCGAUGCUACGGUAUGGAGCCCAAGUAUAGCCAUGAAACUUGUUGGCAAAAUUAUCAUGUAUGCUCCCGAUCAUGUUUCGCUUCUCCUCCACCGCACGUUUAAUGUUUCUAUACCACGACAUCACAUUCCACAAGAUAUCUGGGAAUUCGAGUAUGGACCUGCGGAAAAUGACCCUGAGUAUGGGGAAGGUGCUGUAGUAUCAUCUGUCGAUAAAGAAGGGGACGCAGGAAUGAAGGAUGGUGAUAGUGAGAAGACGGAGGACGAAGCGGUACCAGAGGCGAGUGGACAGUGGGUACAUCGUUUGACGGGGACGAAACUUGGCGGAACAGAUGGGUAUCUAGAGUUUACAGUUAUUGGAAAAACUGUGGCGAACGAAAUGCUCUCUCUUCAGGGAUCGAUACAACCUGACCCCUUUUCUGAAGAACACUCUGCUACGCAAUCAGGAAAGAGCUCCCGAAAAAAAAGUGACAAAUAAAUUCGGGUUAUCUGAUAUGCCCGUGACCUCUGGAAGCGCCUGCUAUGAUUCUAGUACAUAAACGUUGCGCCCUCAUGAUCGUCGCCAGUGAUAUGACGAACGUCGGCCGUGUCAAGUGUCCAUACAAACUAGGAGCCUGUUCAAGUUCACGUUAUCCGUUCAUUCCUUGCAAAAGGUCCGCUUUUGAGCUCUCAAGAUGGAGGGGAACCCCGCAUAAAUUGACCAUUGGAAUUAAUGUGUCAUUCCCAAAAAAUAUCAUCUCACUCGGUUCCAUCCCCUUGAAAUCUGCAGCAUUUCUCCAUAGUUCUGUUGAAUUGGGAAGAAUUUGAGUGUAUAAGCAAGUCCGGCCCUUGCAUUCCCAGCGAGGAGCCCGAGUGGGUGGUGCCAGUGUCUAGUCAAAGUGUCAGAGGUGGAGUCGGGUUACUAUGACAGAGAGCUUGCAGCCUAUAUUUUCGAACACAAC